GAAGAGCGGGAGGAGGAGGAAGAGGAAGAGGAAGAGGAAGGCUCCUCUCAAAUCCUCGGGAAAACGCGUUGCCUGUGUGUGGCUACGUGCUCGUAGAGGAACAACACAAUGGAGUUUCUUUCCCACUUCAGCAGUGUGAGGCAGGGGCCUCUCUCUCUCCUCCUCCUCCUCAUCAUCAUCACCACCACCACAGUCACAUCUGCAGAGGAAGGCGCCAACGUGAAGAACUCCCAGUGUCACAACUACGCGGGAGGACACGUCUACCCCGGGGAGGCUUUCCGUGUGCCCGUGUCCGACCAUUCCCUGCACCUCAGCAAAGCCAAGAUUUCUAAGCCUGCACCACAAUGGGAAGGAACAGCCGUCAUCAAUGGCGAAUUCAAGGAGAGGAAGCUGUCAGAUUACAAGGGAAAAUAUCUGGUCUUCUUCUUCUAUCCCCUGGACUUCACAUUUGUUUGCCCCACUGAGAUCAUUGCAUUCAGCGAUCGUGUGCACGAGUUCCGUGCCAUCAAUACAGAGGUGGUCGCCUGCUCAGUGGACUCCCAGUUCACGCACCUGGCCUGGAUCAACACGCCCAGGAAGGAGGGUGGACUUGGACAAAUGAAAAUCCCUCUGUUGUCUGACCUCACUCACCAGAUUUCAAAAGACUACGGAGUCUACCUGGAGGACCAGGGACACACACUGAGAGGACUCUUCAUCAUCGAUGAUAAAGGCAUCCUGAGACAGAUCACCAUGAACGAUCUUCCAGUUGGACGGUCCGUGGACGAGACACUGCGACUGGUCCAGGCCUUCCAGUACACUGACAAGCACGGAGAAGUGUGUCCAGCAGGAUGGAAGCCAGGCAGCGACACAAUCAUUCCUGACCCCUCGGGCAAACUGAAGUAUUUUGAUAAACUGAACUGAUCUGUGUUUCUGUUUUCCCAGUCUGUGAAAUCCACCACUUACUGAAGGUUCAAAUAAAACGUGUUUUCCUAA